AAAAUAUUUGAAAUCGGAAGUUUGCCGGUUAAUGAAAUAACAACAAUUAUUACCGGUUACAAAAAAUAUAUCUAUAUAUAUAUAUAUAUAUAUAUAUAUUCAAAUUUUCUUAAAAUAAUAAUAAUAAAGAGCGUUAAAGUUUAAUGUUUCAUCUAAAUUUAAAAUGUUCAGCCUAGACUCUUAAUGUUUUUCUGUGACUCGAGUUUUAUUUCAAAAGACCACAAUAUAAUCGCUUAAGUUGUUUAUAACAUGAAUUUAAAUUUAAUUCGUCAUACUUUAGACAUCAAUACUAUUAGGUCUAGUUUAUUAUUUAAAUGGCCUCCGAAUUGACCUGAAAAUUAGUUUAAAAAAAUAUAAUUUAUUUUAAAUUGUUCGAUUAAUUUUCGAACAAAUAAAUUAAACAGCCGGUUAACCAGAAGUUAAAUUUACAAAAUAAAAUAAAUCGAGCGAGUAAUUAAAUAUUUAUAGUGGGCGGUAUAAUUUUCGAGUUAUAAAUUAUAAAUCGACGAUUAAAUAAUUUACACAGCCAGUAAAAAGAUGCGUUAAUGGCCUUGUUGAGGAUUAAAUGACAAUCAGUAUGCGUGGUAGUAACUGUCUUGCAGCGUAAUGUGUUGCGUGUUAAAGGUAUUAAAGAGAUUGUCGUUGUCUUGAACGAAAAACACCUCGAGUAGAGUUUGUGCGAGUCGUUAGUGUAGAAACAGCGGUACUGCUGCCCUCGAUCUAAAUUAGUAACGUAAAUCAACGGCCGCUAAUCGUGUAUGGGUCGUCUUCGUCUAUUUUUUUUAACGUUGACAAUUGUCAUCAUUCGCAGCUGUAUCAUCAUUAACAUCCGCAGACUAUAAUCACAAGCUCGCUGUUAAUGUAAACGUACAUUAGUUUAAAUUAAACACAUCCUGGCGGGGGAGUACUAAAACAAAAUAUUAUCUCACCACACCUAUCACACCCAAAUAUAAUAAACUGGCACUCCCAGUGAUUUGGUUUUAUUUCAUGGGGACGCUGUUGACAUGCUCCAGUGAUUCAAUCCUUUAUCAUUACAUAUUAUUAUGAUGUUGUAGAAAUGGCGAGUCUCAAGACAGCUCUCGGGGCCCAGGAAUUGACUGACAAGAAAGCUGGACUAUGGAGAGCUUUGCUAGCUGAAUUUUUGGGAACGUUGUUGCUUAAUUUCUUUGGAUGUGGAGCUGUUGUUACUCAAAAUGUUGUGGCCAUUGCACUGGCAUUUGGGCUAGUGGUUGCUGGAGCCGUUCAAGGGAUUGGACAUGUGUCCGGAGGUCAUAUUAAUCCGGCAGUUACUUUUGGUCUUCUUGCUAUUGGAAAGGUACCAGUUGUACGUGGAAUUUUAUACGUGAUAGCUCAAAGUAUUGGAGCAAUAGCUGGCUCAGCAAUAAUCCGCGCACUGUCUCCAGAAAUAAUGGAACCAUAUCUUGGACUAGUGUCUUUAGCACCCGGAGUAACUCCAGUUCAAGGUCUGGGUGUUGAAUUUUUCCUGGCGCUGAUUCUCGUGGUUGUUGUCUGCGGAGCUUGCGAUGGAGCGAAACCAGAAAGCAAAGGGAUCGCGCCGCUGAUAAUUGGACUGGCGGUUACUGUCGGACAUAUAGUCGGAGUCCCGAGAACUGGAGCUGGAAUGAAUCCUGCCCGAUCACUAGGCAGCUCGGUGGUCAUGGGAAGUUUCGAUAACCACUGGCUGUACUGGGUUGGACCCAUUCUUGGAGGAAUCGCUGGUGGUUUGAUCUAUACUCACGCGAUAGGUCCCGCCAAGGAGCCGGAACUCCCGAAAAAUUAUUCCUCAGUUGCUACUGAUGAGAAAGAGCGGUUCGAGUACAUUGACAGCGGACGGGGCGGACUUUGAAGAUGAAUAAAAAAAAAUUAGUCUAUGAUGGAAAAUAAGGAAAAUGUUAUUUUGCAGCUCCACACACUCACUACCAGGAAGGGUACAAAUGCUUGAGAUUACUUGGAUUAUUUAUCAACUCAUCAAUCAGACCAUCAAUCAUCAGUUCAAGAGAUCCAACAACUAAGUUUUCAUAUUCUCUUCAUCUUUGACGCGACUUUUCAUUUUAUUUUUUGCGAGGAUAUUUACUAGUUUAGCUUCUCAUAUAUUUUCAUUAUAUAUUUAUAUAUAUAUUUAUACAUAAGAAUUUUUACUGCCGGCGUUUUAUUGCCAGUAAAGAAAAUUAUAUAUUUUUAUUUAUUUUUUUUUAAUUAGGAAACUUUAUGGCGUCUUAUUACUAAAAUUAAGUAUAAAGUGCUUCCAUUAUUAUUAAAAUAUAUUUAUAUACUAAUGAAUUUACAUUAAAAAUAUAUAUUAAUGUUAUGUAUGAAAAUAAAUAAAAAUAUUUGAAUAUUGAAUGAAUUGAAAUUUACUGAAAGUAAUGACGGCCAGACUAGAAAGUCGGUUUCGUUAAAUAAAUUAUAUUUAAAAA